AUGGAAAAUGUUGCUACGAGCGAUUCAGUCAUUGCAGUACGUGCUAUCGCCAUACCAAAAUCGCUGUGGGAAUCUUCCAGGUCGUCAGGUCCAUCAUGUUACGGUAGUCUGAAUGCGUCCACAUCAUCGGCAUGUGCAUCCGGUAUCGUUCGAUCGAGUAGUGUCUCAUCAAAUACACCUGCAUAUGAAAAAUUGCCGAAAUCCGAUAGUGCUGAUUUCGUUGAUGCGCCGAAAUUUCAUUACGAUAUGGACUUCGAUUUGAGGGCAUUGAAAGCCGCACUGAAAUCAGCCGAAUUUUUGGAAGAAUCUGGCUAUCAAUCCGUUUUGGAACGAUCUCAGCACAAUCUAUACGGUACUGGCUGGUUGAUCAACGAAAAUAUGAGUAACGAUGGAAGUGAAGAUGUCGAUGACAAUUGGGGUUAG